UAUAGCCACGAAACCACAUCCAACCAUCACAAUGGCAUUCGCGUGGAAAGCUGCCGGUCUCACCUACAACCGCUACAUUGCCGUCGCAUCGCGCGUCGUACGUCGCUCGCUCAAGGAUGACAAGCGCAUUGCUGCCGAGCGAAGGGGCGAGAGCGAACUCAAGUUUGCCAAGUGGGAAAAUGGCAAGCAGGGCGAGGUAAAGGACCUCAACGCUGCCGCACUCCAGGCACAGGCCGAUGCCGCCAAGUCUUCGUAAAUCUAUUCAGGAGGAGACGACAAGGGCACGAUAGGGUGACAUGGAAUGCGGAGAGGAGCUGGGGGAGGAUGGACGUAUACUCUGUACUAUCAAGCUGUACGGGGAGGAUUUAGGUCAAUUCAUGACAAACUGAGCUAAAUAGCUCUCCCAGUCUCUCACAAUACUUUUUAUGUGCU